ACGGACUUUUCUAGAGUUAUCAACUGCUUUCUUUUUGUUUUUUUUGCUUUUGUUGCUUGCGCUCGGCCGUCAAAUGUCCUGGCUUCGAGGGGUGCCUGGAAUAGGACUUUCGUUCUAUGCCGCUGUCAAUCUCUCGCGAUGUGGAUGGUCCUCUACAGUGUUGACGACUGGGGGACAAUUGGCGGAUGCAAAGAGUGUGCAAACAGAAGUCAAUGAGGAGGAGGUAGAUUUCCUCGACCAAACUCCAGAGCAAUUCUUCCAAGGAUACCAACCUUAUGUCAAAGUGGAAGGGUUUGAAGUAUGGCGGCGGCGAAGACCAAGCAACACAGCAUUGAUGAAAACGCAAGCACAAGUCGAGAAGACACAUACUGCUUCUGCAAUAUACGAAUAUAGAGCUCUCGGACGUAUCCCGCGAUCCUCGCCAGAUCUAGUACUCUGCGCAUGGCUUGAUAUGCAAUUUCGCCAGACGUGGGAUAAACAUAUUCUCUUUACCAAGAUGGUCGAGCCAGCAGCGUCGCUAAACAAGUCUUUAGACCGUAGCGAUGUCCAAUCCAACGUGUCGGUGGAUGACAUUGUCCAUCAGAGAGCAACCAUGCUACGUGAGCUACAUGUAUCUCCAGUGCUAUAUCAUCACGGAACCCGUUACCCUUUCCCUCUAUCACAUCGCGAAUACGUGUACAGUGUCCAUGUCCGACAAAUUCGAUCGCCACACUCGCUGACUACGAGUAUCUCAUGCACCUCUCUGCCAUCAACAAUACCUCCAUAUUCCCGUGGACUCGUCCGAGUCGAUCACUAUGUACAACGUAUGGAUCUACGAGCUGAUAAGGAUGGAGGGACGUUGAUUGCAAUGCACUAUUUUGAUGAUCCGAAGGGACGUAUCCCUGCUUUUGUUGUUGACUGGGCGGCUAGAUGGGGUGUGCCAGGAUUUAUUAGAGGUGUAGAGAAGGCUUGCGGGGUUUAUGGUAAGUACUUGAUGAAUAAUACUUAGGCCGUUCUAGAUAAUGAUUGUAUAGUGUAUGAUGACCGGGUGCGUCUAUGGUGGAGUUGUAUAGUGUAUGUUGACUGGCCGGACAUCAUAUGUAUCUAGAGAUCCUGUCUACUUACAUUCGUUAGUCAUCCACCAUGUGGGUGGAAUGCUAAAGACCGUUCUUAACAACGUCAGUAAAGGCAACGUCGAGAAUGGAAGGUAGAGCAGUCUCUUUCAAUGUACCCUUGUUAACAAGACAACCCAAAAAAGAAGAUGAAUGCUGAACAAGCC